AAUGGUAUAAGCUAAUUUGGGGCCCCAAAUUCAAACAGGAGAAACAUAACUCGAUCACCUGAUUGCUGCUGUUAUUAACGCAAUUUCUCGAUGAUUAAAAGGCUCUGAUCGGAGAUUUUCAGCCUAUGCAACGUUAAGGUUCAGGAGGCAUCUCACUCGCUCACACCAUCCAGGGAAGGCCACACCCAAAAUCAGCAUCACAACACUAUGGAUUUGCCGUUCUGUGCAUGCCUCCUGUUGCUAUGGCAACUGCCCAUCACUACCUGUCAUGUCCACAUCCACCCCAACCACUACCCUGACCACUAUGUGGAUGGAGAACAUGAUGCUGAGUUUGACAGGGAGAUACUGCUGGGAGGGAAGAAGGAAGCAGAAGAAUACCAGAAGCUGUCCCCUGAAGAGUCCAAACAGAGACUGAUGUUACUGGUGAAGAAGAUUGAUGUGAAUGGGGAUGGACUACUGGACAGAGAUGAACUAGUGGAUCACAUGUUGGAGUCUUUCAACACCUACUCUGUUGAGGAGGCCAGAGACACCUUCCCAACUAUAGACCUGGAUGAGGAUGGUAAGGUGUCCUGGGAGGAGUACCUACAGGAUACCUUUGGUGCUGAGUACUCCAUGGAGGGGGACCCUGCAGAGGAUGAGAUGAUCCAGGAUGACCGCAGGUUUUUCCAGCAGGCAGAUGAGGACCAGGAUGGGAAGCUAGACGAGGUGGAGUGGCUGGCCUUCCAGCACCCUGAGGAGUAUGUCAGGAUGCAUCACUUUCUUGUGGAGGAGAAGUUGGAGGAGAGUGACUGGAAUGAAGAUGGGAAGAUAGACUUUGAUGAGUACCUGGGUGAUGAUGAGCCUGAUUCAUCCUACAGUAGUGAGGAGGAGUGGAGGAUAGUGGAGAGGGAACAGUUUGAUGAGUAUGAUAAGGAUGGAGAUGGAGUGUUGGAGGGGGAGGAGGUCGCAGCAUGGGUCACUCCCAACCACAGAGAAGCAGCUGAGGAGGAGGCUGACCAUCUCCUGUCCAUGGCCGACACCAACAAAGAUGAGAAGCUGUCGGCAGAGGAGAUCAUGUCUGACCCCGACCUCUUCCUGCAGAGCGACCUGACAGAACAGGGGGAGCUGCUGCACACCAUAGACCACCAGGAGCUGUGAGGGUCUUUGUUACCUUUAAUACAAAACCACCACUCUGUUCUGUUGCACAAAAAAUUGACUUGCCAUGUACAGAAAUUCUCUAGAGUAAUUCUAAACUAAGACUUAACCCCCAAUCCUACAUGGAAUGGUAGAUAGUUGUCACUCUUUCACUUUGGACAAAUGGGUAGAUGUGAACGAACAUCAGGUUUUAGGCACCUAUUAGGCAACAUUUCUGGUGUUCUGGAUCCAAAGCUGUGGUUCCUACCUCACUAGAGCCGUAUAGUUUAUAGGGCAACGCAACUGGUCCAUUUCUUCCUAUGACAUAUUUUGUUUCUAUAGUAAGUUUCUACAUGUUAUUAUUUAUAGCAUGCUAUGCACCAAGGGUCUCUUGCACAUGGCCAUGUAUACAGGGUAGGAUUAGUUAUAGCAAGAUACAUGUCAUGUAAGUAACCGUCAAUGUUUAAGAUUGCAAAGGCUGUCUGUAUAGAAAGUACCCUGCUGUAUGUAUAUAUAGACGCCAGUAUGAGAGACAUAUUCCACAAUGAUCUGUUUUGAUUGUGCCAUUGGUCCCCUUGCCUCAUGUUGUUACAUGUUGUAGGUUUAAAGGAUUCUAUUACAAAAAUAAGAAAACUAAGCAUUUAAAGCUUUUUUCCAUCCUUUUAUACAAGAUAAACUUUAAGAAACAUUCCAGGCAAGUUGGAAGUUAGACCUAGAGCUACAAGAGCAGGACAGUCCUUUGAUCAACUAUUGUUUGCCAAGUAUAGAAUACAGUAACUGUAAAUUCUGCCUAACUAGCAGGGAUAGAAAUGGUAAUCAUGGUCAACCUAAUGGUAGUACUUGUAAGAGACUUUGCAUGACAUCUCCACAAAAGCUACCCCGUAGGACUUUUCAAAGCUUGACUCUACCUCAUGGACAUGUGAGCUGCAGCCUGCAAAGUUGGCAUGUAUGUUACUUUAGUGGUGCGCUCUUUAAUAACUGAUUUUUUUCUGUGACAGCUCACAUGACAGGGUUUGUGAUCAGUCCCAAAUCGGGAUGUGCACUUUAUAAGGGAUGUGUCCUUUGUCAUAAGAAAUACAGUAACAAAAAGAGACAAUUCAAUGUACCUUGACCCAGUAUUAGUUUUUCCACCUAUUGUGACAAGGACAAUGGUCAUUUACAGUAUUAAAAGCAUGCUCACAGAAUUCUACAAUACUAUAAUUAUAGCAUUGGCCUCUGACCAUAUAUAUGAUAUACAACGUAGUAUGUUGCAUAGAGUGAAUAGAGAUGUUGCAUUUAUUGGUUUCUAUGUGGAAAGAUUGUGUAGUGUGGUUUGUCAUAGAGACAAAAUUUUCAGUGUUGCAUUAUUGCCGAUGUUGCUUCAUGUCAAAUACAUGAAUUAAAGAUAUAAAAUUGGAUGAAAGACAAUGAGAUAGAAAAACUUGCAAGUCUAGAUAACAUCAUACAAUGCUGUUCGAUAUAAUGUUAGUGUCCCACAUUUGUAUUUCAAGCCUUGAAGGUCUAUUUAACUGUGUUAGCACACUUGUAGCUUUGAUUUGAAAAUGCCAUGUCUUAAUUUAGAUAUGCUGCUUUAUUCUGCAUUUUUUAUUUAAUGUUAAUUAUCAUAUCUUGCCUGUUGUUAUCAUUUUAAUUUAUCUGCCUUGUUAUUACUAUUGAAUACUGAAAAGCACAUGAUUUAUAAUUCAUUGAUGUUUUAUUGGAUUAAAGUAGCUUUUUGAUAAAGAGUGUGGGAAGGAGAUUUGCUUUGGUGUGUCCAUUAAAUUUGAACAUGAGAAUAAAAUGCAAUCAUUUUAAAACCACUUAUUUAAAUCUAAAAGGCUAUCACAGAAUUGACUCCUCACCAAUACUGUAAAUAACCCAAAUGCCACCAAUUUG